AUGGCUGUAUCAGAUAGAUUAACUGAAAGUCUUGUGAUCAAACUCAUGGAAGUUAUGAAGACCAAUCCUUAUGCUUGUUUUUUCCGUAGUUUACGCAACAUACCUCAGCUGGAUUCUUACCAGAUAGUCUUAAAGUCUCACACUGAUAAUGAUCAACGCGUAUUCAACCAGCCAACAGCUUCUCAAAUUGCGGCUCUUUGGGUGGAAGGAGAAAAUUCAACUAACGUCUACUCGAGACAUAUACAAAUCUAUACUAAAGAGGGUCAUACUCAUCGAAUUCAAUAUUAUUAUGGAUGCUAUGAUCCUCUCCAGUACCCGCUGUUGUUCCCACUCGGAGAAACUGGUUGGCAUCCAGGAAUUAAAAGAUCAGAAAAAAUCAAUCCAAAAAAAACAAAGAGAGCAACAAGAAAACAACACACUUCGGCAACAUUGUCUAAUUUCUCUUCUGCUCAAGAAAUGAUUGACAAGGAAGGGCAAGCUAUUCAGGAGUGCAACAACUCAAAAGAAUAUAUAUCAAUGAGAGAAUACUAUGCUUAUAAAAUGCAAAUUAGACACCAGUGUACGCCUAACAUUCUCAAUACUGGACGACUAUUUCAACAAUUUGUAGUCGAGAUGUAUGUGAAGAUUGAGACCCAGAGAUUGGAUUUUUACAGAAGCAGGCAACAAUUAAUACGAAGAGAACAAUUACAGAGACUCAUGGACAGUAUUAUUCAAGGACAAUCUCGCGGAGCACAGGUUGGCCAAAAAGUUAUCCUUCCAGCUUCGUUUAUUGGGGGUCCAAGAGAUAUGAAAAGACGAUAUGUGGAUGCAAUGGCUCUUGUACAAAAAUUUGGCCGACCAGAUAUAUUUAUUACAAUGACUUGUAACCCUGCUUGGUCAGAAAUAAAAGAAACAAUGUUACGUACAGAUGAAGCUCAUAACCGACCAGAUCUUCUAUCAAGAGUAUUCCAUGGAAAGGUGAACAUUUUAAAGGAAGAUUUAUUCAAAAAACAUAUAUUUGGAGAAGUCGCAGCAUAUACUUAUGUUGUGGAAUUCCAGAAACGCGGACUGCCGCACAUUCAUAUGCUUAUUAUCCUGCAACCGAAAUCAAAAUUAUAUUCCACAGAUUCGUAUGAUCGAAUUGUGGCUGCUGAAAUACCAGAUGAACACGAAAAUAAAUAUCUGUUCAAUAUGGUUCAAAAACACAUGAUGCACGGUCCAUGUGGAACAAAAAACCCAAAGAAUAUCUGUAUGCAAGGCUCAUUUAUGAGAAGAUGCAGAAAUAGUUACCCAAAGAAAUGGGCCAGCAGAACAACUCAUGGAAACAACACUUAUCCAACUUAUAGAAGAAGAGACGAUGGCAAGAAAAUUAUUGUUCGUGGACAAGAGCUGGACAACAGGUGGGUAGUCCCCUACAACCCUUAUUUACUUGCAAAAUUUAAUUGCCACAUUAAUGUUGAAAUAUGCUCUACUGUUAAAGCUGUUAAAUACAUCUAUAAAUAUAUCUACAAAGGACAUGAUAAGAUACAUUUCCAAGUUAACAAUGAUAGUGAACCAACAACUAAUAACCAACAAACUCAGAUUGAUGAAAUCACAGAAUACCAAUCUGCUAGAUGGGUAUGUCCAGUUGAAGCUAUAUGGCGUAUUUAUAGAUUCUCAUUAUCUGAAAUGUAUCCUGCAGUUAUUCAUCUUCAACUACACCUUGAGAACUUCCAAUGCAUAACUUUUAAUGAAAAUGAAGACUUACGAGAUCUUUUGCAAAAUUCUUUCAGGAAAAGAACAAUGCUAACGGAAUUUUUCCACAUGAAUGCUACUGAUCCAUUAGCUAAACAUCUCAAAUGUACAUACAAAGAAUUUUCAGAGUACUUUGUAUGGUAUCCUGGAAAAAAGUAUUGGGCAGUUAGACAACAAAAAGAUAGCAUUGGUAGGAUAGUUAGCGCCAGUCCAACAGAGGGUGAACGUUACUUUCUUAGACUGUUACUUACUCAUGUCAAAGCACCAACAUCUUUUGACGACUUAAAGACAAUAAAUGGAGUUCAUGUUGCUACAUAUCGAUAG